GUUUAGCGCCAUUCAGUGUGCCGCUGCGGUCCCCAGGACGCCAGCUGAAGUUUCUCAAGCGCAGAUGUCUGCUCAGGCUGGUUCCCAGCCACCGAGUGACACGAAUGCUGUCACAGUACCUGCGGUCAACGGCCACGGUCCAUCAACUGCUAACAGCCAUCACAGCAACCCAAAGGGAUCAUGGGAAUGUUUGCAGCAAAAGCAGCUUCCAAACCCCAGGACACAAAUAAAGAAACGAAAGCAGAGGCAAAGGAGGCCCCAGGUGUCUGCAGCAAGCAGCAAACCCCCACCGAAGGGCAACAUUAUGAACAACUUCUUUGGAAAAGCUGCCAUGAAUAAACUCAAGGUCAACUCUGUGCCUGAGCAGCCAAAGGAGGAGAAAGAAGUAGUCAAGCCUCCAGUUCUUGCAGCAGAACCAGAGUCAUCCCAUAAUACUGUAGUAGAGAAACCUGGGAAGAAAACAGAGUCUGCUAGAAUUCAACAAAAGGACAAAAAAAGUAAAAUGAAGAGGGUGGACAAGUCAGACAACGAGGAAGAAAGAGAUUCUGAAAAUCUAAAGAAAAAGAGGAAGAGAAUCAAACAACUUCAGUCUGACAGCAGCGAUGAGGAAG